AUGUAUCUCUGUAACAAUUUAACCAGUAUACCAUUGGCAAUGAGUGUGCCCACAUAUUCCUUAGACAGAUGCAAUGAAAUAACUCGUCGUUUCUUUGAGACUUUUGGCGAAGAUGCUGAUUUCGUUUCACGUUCACCUGGCAGAGUCAACAUUAUUGGUGAACACAUCGAUUACUGUAAUUUUUCCGUUCUACCAAUGGCUAUUGAUGUUGAGAUGCUUUUAGCAGUUCGUGUAGUACGCGGAUCGACUUCGAUAACAUUGGCGAACGCAGAUCCUAAAUUUGCACCACGCUGUUUCGAUAUACCACUAGAAGAGUCAAUAGGUAUAGACCCUGCACUUUCAGAUUGGUCAAACUAUUUUAAAUGCGGUUUGUUAGUUGCACAAAAUUUCUGCCAGGAAACUGGCCAGCCGAUGAGAGAUGUUGGGAUGCAAGUUUUCUGUCAGGGAAGUGUGCCUACUGGUGGUGGCCUUUCAUCAUCUGCCGCUUUUAUCUGCGCAACCGCGUUGGCUACGAUAAGGGCCGUCAAGGGUUCGCAGUGUGAAAUUUCUAAGCAAGAUCUCACGCGAAUUACCGCUGAUGCAGAACACUACUUGGGUGUCAACAAUGGUGGUAUGGAUCAAUGUGCAAGUGUCUGUGGAGAAAAGGAUCACGCCCUAUACGUCGAAUUUAAACCUGUAUUAAAGGCAACACCUUUCCCAUUACCUGCAUCCGUUAGGUUUAUCAUUGCAAAUACCUUAGUAGUUUCGAAUAAAUUCGAAACGGCACCUACCAACUACAAUUUACGUGUUGUUGAAUGUACUAUUGCUGCUAGCGUCUUAGCACAUACACACGGAGUUUCUUUACCAGGGGAAAAAACCCCGGGAAACUUGCGUCAAGUGAUUUACACUCUGUGCGAGCGCCGUGAAGGCACGGAGAGCACGGCUGUAGAAAUCAAUGAAUCUGAUAAGAUCGACAAAGAAAUUCAAAAGCUGCAGUACGCAUUGAGAUUAGUCGAAGAGACUCUAGGACCAAAGAGCAAGGGAUAUACCAUGUCAGAAGCAUCAGCGGCACUUGACAUGACACCAGAAGAGUUUACAAGAGAGUAUCUGACCUCUUUUCCCGUUAGGUUUCACCUUCUACAACUUUAUCUCAGGGCAAAGCACGUGUACUUAGAAGCUCUACGUGUUUUGCAAUGUUUACGUCUAAUGACAAGCGUACACGGUACAAGUACCGAUACACAACAGUUUUUACGAGAUUUUGGCACACUUAUGAAUGCAUCUCAGGCUUCAUGCCGUGAUAACUACGGAUGCUCAUGUGAAGGGACCGAACAAAUCUGUCGCAUCGCUCUCAAUAACGGUUCCUUGGGUUCAAGACUUACAGGUGCCGGUUGGGGUGGAUGCACAAUAAGUCUUUGCCCAGACGAACAAUCUGUAACAGAUAUAAAGAGGGCACUUAUUAAGCAAUAUUACAACGAAAGGUUUCCUCAUAUGCCUCCUUCAGAAUUGGAGGCUGCUAUUAUCGUUUCGAAACCAGUGGCUGGCAGCGCCUUGUAUGAACACCUCCAAAUGUAA